UCCCGGCGGCCGUCAGGCAGGCAGUGUUAGUGGUGAAGUGGAGCAGAGCCGCGGAGCAGCGCGCCGUGCUCGCUUUAAAACGGGAUUUGGAUUAAAUAGCUUGUGAAAGAGCCGAUGAGCCCAGCGUGCGGGAGGGAGCAGAGAGCUGAUUUUUAUUUCCUACUGGAUCGAGAAGGGGAGGAGGAGGCAUGGAGAACGAGUUAUUCUGGUAACAGCGCAGAGCCUGUUUGACAUCGCGCCUCUCAAGGCUUCCGGCGCAAAGUAAAUCUGUUUUGUGCGUCGAGAGGAAGAGAGCCUCGGUCAGUUCCCGGCCGCAAUCCUCUUCGGCUGGACAUGAAAGUGCAGCAGGGCUGCAACUCAUCAGACAUGGGCAUCCCGGUUAGAACAGAAGAAGAGCUGCGCAAGAACACAGUUAUAACACCAGAGGAUGUGCUGGGACUGCAGAAGAUCACAGAGAAUUACCUCUGUGCUCCAGAGGAAAAUGUCCACAUGAUUGACUUCACCCGGUUUAAAAUCCGUGACAUGGAAACAGGGACAGUCCUGUUUGAGAUCACUAAACCUCCAACACCAGGUGGUUUAAAGCAAUGUGACCCCAACGCCGGCCGAUUUGUUCGAUACCAGUUCACCCCAGCCUUCCUCCAACUACGACAAGUUGGAGCCACAGUGGAGUUCACAGUAGGAGACACCCCCAUCAACAACUUCCGUAUGAUCGAGAGACACUACUUCCGAGACAAGCUCCUAAAGAGCUUCGACUUCGAGUUCGGCUUCUGCAUGCCCAGCAGCAAGAACACCUGCGAACACAUUUACGAGUUCCCCACGUUGUCUGAGGAAACAAUGCAUGAGAUGAUCCAGCACCCUUAUGAGACUCAAUCCGACAGUUUCUACUUUGUGGACAACAAGCUGGUGAUGCACAACAAAGCAGAUUAUUCCUACAGUGGAGGGCCGUAGGAAGCCCAUCUCCGCUGCUCUGAUUCAAGACAUUUUCAGAACCAGAAACACAUGAACUGAUGGACAAAUCACUGGCUUUAGACGGCCAUUUAUCAUCCCUGUUAGCUCCACGCAUUCCCACUCAGGCACUAAGCUGCCUGGACAAUCAGAUUCCCCUUCCGGAGGAGCAGCAAAGUCUGCCAGUUCGCAUCAGAGUGCAUGGAUGGAAGCGUGUGGGCAGCACAAACAGGCCACUGAUUUCAGUCUGCAUAUGUGGGCUCAGCUUCAUCUGGAAAAGAGAGGACCUUUUUUUUUAUGUUCUUGUUUUAUUUUUUGUGUUAGUUGGUGGCUGGAAAAUAAGCAAAAUCCCACUAUGCAAGCCCAAGAGAUAACAUGGUUAAUUUUUUAUGGGAUUUUACAAAUUUACUGCGUUUCUUUAAGAUUCAGCAACGGCAAUAGUAAUAUGAAAUGGACUGAAGAAAGAGAGAGAGAGAGAGAGAGAGAGAGAGAGAGAGAGAGAGAGAGAGAGAGAGAGAGAGAGAGAGAGAGAGAGAGAGAAAAACAAGCACUACAGUGAUUACCAAGAAACCUAGAUGCAGGUUUUGAAAUAUCUUUAAGUUGUUCUGCUGGUUAUUUAGUUAUAAAAGUUAAGAUGUCUAAUGCAACACAAGAUGUUCUCAUAUUUUGUGAAAGAACUUCCUCCUCCCUCCAGGCCAGGACUAAUCCUUCCCAUUAACCAGUUUUUGAAUUUACUUAAAACCUACAGCUGUAAAAAUACAAUCUCUGUUUCAGUUUAAGAACAUUUUCCCAGUAUUUUUGCAAUAUAUGGAAAACCCAUUCACAGUGGAAUAAUGCAAACAAUUCAGUCUGACCAGGAAACGUUUUUAUCAGCCUCUUGAGCAGGAAUAAGCUCCUUCUUGUAACGUUUCUAGAUGUUUAGGCUUUAAGACAAACUUUUUCUCAAUCACCUUCAUCUAGAGUACAAAAGUAUUUACAUCCAUUUAAUGCUUUAUGCUGUCACAUUAAAACCACAGUUUUUGGUGUAUUU